AUGGAGAAAUGCUUGAAGAGAGACAACGUGGAUGCUCGUUACGUGCAAGGUAUACUUGAAUAUUUUGCAAAAAAUAAGAUUUACAUUGGUUUGCACCAUCUCCGUGUAGCUGCAAAGCGUGGACACAAGGAAGCCAGAUUCAUUUAUGGUGUUCUAUUGAUGAGCUUGGGUACAACUGAAAAAGGAAAGAAAUAUUUGAAAAAGCUCAAAAAUGAACAUGGUGUAGCCACUCUUGAGACUAUCUGGAGUACCAUUCGGACAUCUUUGAAGGGAGCGGAGCUUCACAUGAAGAAGGUGUACCAUCAAUCACAAGCAAAGAUGAUACCAGAAAUCAAUUGCCACCAAUCUGCGCCUAUUACGGCUUGCCCCAAUUGCUUCCAUCGUCGGUCCUCAAUGAGUUUGUCACUUUGA